AUGGACACGCUAGACUACAAUCCCUAUGAUGAGCUACCGAGGCUUUUGAGUACACCGAAGCUGCUAGAUGAACUUGAUGAUAUGCUCAAGCAUACUCAUUUGUACCGUACUCAACUUUCUCGUCGAGUCGUUGCCGAAAUUGCGGAUUACAAUGCUCAUCUUCAAGCAACAAGCCUCAAGGAGAACAUCACAGAUAUGACCCAUUCCAUUGAUGCGAUCAAAGACGAAGCUCGCAAGUCUGAAACCCAAAUCUCCGAGAUGACUUUGCUGAUUCAAAAGUUGGAUUCGUAUAAGCGCAAUUUGGUGACACUGAUGACCAUUUUGAAGCGCCUUCAAAUGCUUAUAAACGCCCACAACCAAUUGAUGGGAGUAAUAACAACGAGGAAGUAUGAUGAGAUCUUUCAAAUGCUUCUGGUCGUUCGCGAGUUUUUGGGCUUUUUCCGCCCAUAUAAGCUGAUUGAUGAGAUAAACAAAAUCAAUUUGAUGGUUCAGAAAACUCAAACUAAAUUGGUGAGUGACAUUUUGCUUGAUUAUGAAGAGGCAAUGACGACAUCUCAUAGUGGAAGCAGCGAUUUACGAGAUGGUGCUCGAAUUAUUGAGUUGGUUGACCCCAAAAACAAGGACAAGGUAUUAUCUCAAUUUUAUAACCUACAACUAAGGGAUAUAAAGUCCAUAUUCAGCAAUAAUGAUGAAGCAGGGUCGCUUGAUAAUUUCAAUCGGCGGUAUCUUUACUUUGUGCUGGUACUUGACAAAAUGGAACUGCACUUUUCUCAGUUGUUCCCGGAAGAAUGGAAUGUCGAAUUGGAGUUAUCAAAAGUAUUUUGUCAAAUGAGUAAGCAAGACCUUCUGCGACUCUUGACGAUGUCACUGCAUCUGUCCACAAUAUUGUCUAACUUAACAGCAACUAUCGAUUUUGAGAAACAGUUGAACGAUCGUCUUAACACAGUAUUCUUUGAUAAGUUGCUUUCAAGCGUUUUUGAAGACCAUCUAGACAUAUGGAUAAGUGAGCAAGAUAACGUUCUUCGAGGUAAAAUGCAAGAGCUUCUUGCCACGCCAUUGCUACCAACUGAAUUAUCCUCAGCUCAAAGUCAUGACGAGUUAAUGGAGGUCUUGCGCACUAAUAAUGUGCCUAAUAUUUCAAAUCCACUGAUUGAUUUGUUUAAGCACUUUCUAAAAGUAUCCAGUCAGAUACUUAAGCUUUCGAAUGGUCCAGUGAUUAUCAGCUUGGCACGGUUGUUCAUUAAGUAUUUGUUGGAGUAUAAUACGCGAGCCCUCGUCCCAUUAAUACCAGUGGGCGAGGAAUCCGUCAAUGCAAUCGACUGUAUCAAAUACCUUACGAUGGUGAUGAAUACUAGCGAUUAUAUAAUGGGGAACCUUGACGAUACUUGGCAGCGCCUAGCUAAAGUAAUUCAGCCGCAAUUGGUAUCGAAGUUACCCUCAGCCGACCCGGUUAGGGAGACAUUUCAAUCUACAGUGAACAAGGUUGUACAGUGUUUGGUUGUUAAAUGCAAUCAAGACCUCCGCUGGGUGUGGCGUCAAUUUGUUAAUCAAAAUUGGAAUUUGGAAGCGUCACUGGGUUUAAGUAGCUACGUGCCUGAUCUCAUAAAGGUCGUAACGAAGCAAAACGCCGAAUUGAUCCUUCCAUUGAUUAUCCGUGACGCGUAUUCUCGAAAUUAUUGUGAUAAAAUUGUCGAACUGGUCGUUUCAGGAUAUGCGAAUCAUCUAGUUGCGAUUAAACCGAUGACAGUCCUCAUGGUGGAGAGAAUUCAAAAUGAUGUAGCUGCUACCAAGCUGGCAUUGAUGCAGUUACCGUUGUACGCUGAUCCGAACUUUCGUGGUGAGGGAAAUCCUUCUAAACUGUACGCAAAGCACCUCGAGCUACAUUUCGGACAUCUUAAGCGUUUAUUGAACUUAUUGUCAAUCUCGUCAGCGUCUAUGGAGGAUUUCAUUGCCGCGUAUUUCGAUAUUAUUGGUGAUAAUCUGGUGACAAAUUUUCUCAAAGUCCUCACACUAAAAGGCAUUGAGGACCAAAAGCGCUACGUGGAGGUGUUCAAGCUUCAACUAACCGCUGGAGGGGAAGAGUUGGUACGACCGAAUCCAUUGUUGGUUACACUCGAAGAUGAUAAUGACCACCAAUUGUCUAGCCGCCCGGACACUCCUAUUUUGCGUGAUGAGAUUUUUGACUCCAGUCCGACUCCAGAAGUCAAGAGUCCGAGGUUGUUAGCAGCCCAGUUUGGCGCCACUAUUCAAUCUCAGUCGAAUAAGAUAACAAACUUGGAACGAAAUAUUCGUGAUAUGGGAGAGACCAGAGUGGCUAAGUUCAACGAAAAUUUCAAGAAGCUAUUCCGCAAAGACGAGUGA